GGUACAUUGUAGGAACUAUUGCAAUAUUGAAUAUUUUGUUGCUGGACUUACUUAAGGUAGUUUUAUUAAAGUACCUGAAGUUCAGUUAGUUCUUACAAAUCAGUUAAUUUGGGCAGAAGAUUAUUUUUUAGCUCGGUUAUACGAUAGACUUGAAUUGAAUAAUAGAGGGAUUGGCUUGCCUCUGCUAGUUGUAAAAAUGAAUAUCACAGUAACCACAUUUACAAAUCCGUUUUCCUUUUUUUGCAUUACCGAUUAUUCCAAGGAGCAUCCCGAUUUGUAUAAAAGUGAUGAUGAAGUUGGUCAAAUAUCGAGAAUCACAGAAUUUAAUCAUGGUCAAUAUGUUGCAGUUAUGUGGAAGAAUAAAUGGGUGCGUGGUAUUGUGACCAUGGAGUCUCAGAUAUUAAUAUGGUUAUUAGACUAUGGAAUAUUCCUGAGGCCAAAUGAAACUAUUUUUUGCAUAGACCUGCCAUUUGACUUUAAGAAACUGCCAACCAAAGUGUUUGAGGCCAGUAUUCAAGGAGUCUUACCUACUGACAAAGUACUACGUUGGUCAAUGGAAACUACAAACGAAGUCCAAUUUAAAAAUGAUUUAACUUCAAUUUGGACUCCUGGUGCUAUAGAGAGAGCAAACACUCUCCUAGAACAAUCUGAGAAAACAUACUUCAAUCCAAUCGCAGUUUUAUCAACACCACAAAACGAUGUGGUCCUUGGUGAUUUAUUUCUGAAAUUGCCUUCUAAAGGUAUUGUCAAUAUUAAAGAUGAACUCAAAAAGUGGCCUGUGUUUCUGGAACAAAACAUGAAAGCUUAUGUACAAAAUUUACCUAAGUUUUACACUAGCCGCAGACGUCACCACUCGUGCUUACUAAAGCCGAAUAAUCAAAGCUUCAACAUACCUACUAUAACGUUUAAAACAACAAUCCAAGAGUACACCGCGCUUAUUGAAAAUAUGCGUACAAUAGAUACUAUAUUUUCCGAACCGGAAUUCGUUGAUGACUGUAGCACAGUUGUUGGCAAAGAGAAAAGAGAUAAAUGCGACUUCAAAAUUAUGCCGGCAGACAUCGAAAAGUAUGCGACACGAUUUAUUACUUUAAAUGGAAAGCAGUACAAUGUGCUCACAAUAUUGAUAAAUAAAUCGCGCGAUCUGAAAAUGUGUGAGAAGUAUAAGGACCACGAUCUGAAAUCAAUCGGCAGGGGAAUCUCUUACAGAAGUAAACUUUUUUAAACCCCAUUCCCCUUGGUUAUAUACGUGACGUCACGUAACCGAAUAACAGAAGCGGGUUAACCCCACUGGCAGUGGCGUGCAUAGAGGGUAUGCACAGGGUAUGCAGAUAAUAUAAAAUGAAGAAA